CUUUAGUGUGAACCCCGAAAAGAAAAAGAAAAAAAAAACUGGCAGCUCCCGACUCUGACUCUCUGAGCCGCAUUCGCUCCUCGCAUUUUCGCAGCCGCAUAGUCUUCUUCUUCUUCAGUUCUUCCUCUGUUAAUUGUGUGAAUAAAUUGCUGGGUUACUUUCUCUUUUUUACAGUGUUCAAAGGGCGGUCUUUGUCUCUAUUUCUGUAAGCAAGCAUCAGCUUUGCCUCAGCUUACCUAUAUUCUCUGUUCAGGUUUGGCAACAAGGUGCUUGAAAUGGCUACAGCGACCUACCCACCUCCACCACCAUAUUAUAAGCUAUACAAAGAUUACUUGCAAGAUCCCAAAUCCGCUCCUGAGCCGCCGCCACCAAUUGAAGGGACAUACAUUUGCUAUGGUGCUAAUUACACCACAGAUGACGUGCUUCCAAGCUUGGAAGAACAGGGAGUGCGUCAACUGUACCCAAAAGGCCCAAAUAUUGAUUUUAAGAAGGAACUAAGGUCCCUUAACAGAGAAUUGCAGCUGCACAUUUUGGAACUCGCUGAUAUUCUCGUGGAGAGACCAUCACAAUAUGCAAGGAGAGUGGAAGAAAUAUCUCUUAUAUUCAAGAACUUGCAUCAUCUUCUGAACUCAUUGCGGCCCCAUCAGGCCAGGGCAACACUAAUUCACAUUCUAGAACUUCAGAUAAAACGACGGAAACAAGCUGUUGAGGAUAUAAAGAGGAGGAGAGAAGAAGCACAGGCACUUCUGAAGGAGUCCCUUGAAUCAUUGGAGGACACUGGUGCAUCUCUUAUGUUGAAAUAGGGAGUGCUCAUGUAUGUUCUUACUCAAUGAUCAAGGCCCCUUAGACGGUUUCAUCUAAUACGUUUAGGGAAGUCAUGGAAUCCAACUGGUCAAAGUUUCUCGGACAGACAGUUGCAUCUAGUACCUUCGUGCUUUUAUAUCGGUAACUGCUGGUUUUACCUUUCUAUAGUAUUAUGUCAAACGGCAUAGAUGAAGGAUAGAUUAGAUUCAUUUCAAGUGACAUAAUAGUAUUAUGUAAUAUUGCUCUGUAAUUUUUACUCAUCUAAUUUCACUGCAUUUCUGACAAA